CGUUCUAACUGCGGAUAAAAUGGCUGAUCGGUAAUUGUUGCACGCUUCUGCAAUCAAAGUUUGUGAGUAAGGAUAUUGGACCAUGGCUGCAAGAGGAAAAAUCCUUUCUUUCCGUUUGCCUCCUCUUCCAACUAUUGGAGAAAUUAUCAAAUUGUAUAAUUUGAGAGCAGAAAAGCAGCUUUCUCAGAAUUUCCUGUUGGAUUUAAGAUUGACAGAUAAGAUAGUUCAGCAAGCUGGCAAUUUAAGGAACUCGUACGUCUGUGAAGUGGGCCCAGGACCAGGAGGCAUCACUCGAUCAAUUCUCAAUUCUGGUGUUGCAGAGCUGCUUGUGGUGGAGAAAGAUACCAGAUUUCUUCCUGGCUUAGAGUUGCUGGCUGAAGCAGCACCUGGGAAAAUGCGCAUUGUGCAUGGAGACAUUCUGACCUAUAAAAUGGAAAGGGCUUUUCCAAAAGAAUUACAAAAUGAAUGGGAAAAUGGAUUACCAAAUGUGCACAUUAUCGGUAACCUUCCUUUCAGUGUUUCAACACCACUCGUUAUUAAGUGGUUGGAAAAUAUUGCAAAUCAUGAUGGACCCUUUGUCUUUGGGAGAACACAGAUGACCUUAACUUUUCAAAAGGAGGUUGCAGAGCGUCUCACAGCAAGUACCAGCAGUAGGCAAAGAAGCAGAUUGUCCAUAAUGGCUCAGUAUUUAUGUAAUGUGAAAAGCUGUUUUACAAUUCCAGGAAGAGCGUUUGUUCCAAAGCCCAAGGUUGAUGUAGGAGUUGUACAUCUGACUCCGCUUGAGACACCACAGAUUAAGCAGCCGUUCAAACUUGUGGAAAAGGUCGUGAGAUGUGCCUUCAGCUUUAGGAGAAAGCACUGCCACCGAGGAGUUGAAACUUUAUUUCCUGAAGCUCAACGAGCACAGCUAACAGAACGGAUGUUUUAUACUGCUGAUGUCGACCCCACACUCUGCCCAACUCAACUUUCGAUACCUCAGUUUAGAAAUCUUUGCAAUGUAUAUAGCCAGCUUUGCAACGAGAAUGUGGAUCUUUUUUCUUAUAACUACAGAGAAGAAUUAAAACAAAAGCGGCUUCUUCGUAAAAACAAAUCUCAAUGGGGUGAAGAUUGCUAACAUUGGACAUCGGGCCUUUGAAGUGCAGAAAUCUGGGAGGGCCCAGGUACCAGACUGGGUUUGUGGCAGAUGGUGAGAAAAUCAAUUUAUCCUGCCCAUUAAGAAUGAACAAAUCACUGAGAGGCAUUGUUGACCACCUUGAGCAACAGAUCUGUACUCUACCACAUAACCCAGGAUAUCCUUCAGGCUUCAGCCGCCCAGCUGGAAUGAUACUGUUACAAGAACAUCCCAGGAGUAGCAGCAUAUAUUAUCUAAAAAUAGGCUGCUAACCUUUUGGAUCUACAAUAUGGGACUACAGAGAAAUUUAACAUGCUAAGGAAUCCAGAAAAGCUACACAGGUUGGAUUGUUGAAAUCCUGUUGUUUUCCUUGAUGAGUGAUAAUUGGAAGGAGGCUGCUUCACCACCAGUUUUUGCCCUAGUGAUUUGUAGAACUUAUCAGUGUAAAAAUCAUGAUCAUAGUGCUUGCAUCAAUCCUGAGACAGAAGAACAGAGUGGAUGAUUCCUUACAAUCUGCUUAAAGCCAGUUUGAAUAAACAGCCAUUUUAGACUGAGAUCGUUCUUCAGGACUGAAGAAAGGUCUCGGCUCAAAACAUCAACUGUUUAUUCAUUUCCAUAGAUGCUGCCUGACCUGCUGAGUUCCUUCAGCAUUUUAGGUGUGUUUCUUUGGAUUUCCAAUAUCUGCAGUGUCUCUUGUAUUUGAUUGUAUCUGUAGGAUAUCAAAUAAUGAGAAAGCCAAUGUAAUAACUGGAAUGCUAACAACUGGCUAGUUGUAGUGUAGAAAUCAUCCACUUCAUUUUAUCAUAGUGGUAUUAGCUGAGAAAUAACUAAAUGAAAGAUAAACAUGAGGAAAUCUGCGGAUGCUGGAAAUUCAAGCAUCACACACAAAAUGCUGGUGGAGCAUAGCAGGCCAGGCAGCAUCUAUAGGGAGAAGCACUGUUGACAUUUCGGGCCAAGACCCUUCGUCAGGACUAACUGAAAGGAAGGAU